CGUGUCCAGUACAGUCUCCGGUGUUAUGUCUCAAGAAUAUCUUUAUUAAACAGUGAAAGACAGCCGCUGUCUCCUAAUCAUUUCUACAUAACAUUACACGUCGUCAGAAGUCGUCGCAGGAUGGCCAGUUCCCACCUCCGGACAACUUUGAUUUAUCUCGCCCAGAACAAUGACCUGAAUGGCGCCAGAGGUUUCACCGCUACAGGAUAGCAGCGAAGCUACAUAAAGAAGAGGGAGAGGUACAGGUUUGUACGCUGCUCUACUCGCUGGGGAAAGAAGCGGAACAAGUUUUCAAGAAGAUGAUGAGAAGGAUUCAGAUAAUUAGAAGACUGUUAUGAACAAAUUGGACAAUUACUUUGUGCCGAAGGUAAACACCAUUGAUGAAAGCGCUCGUUUCCAUCAGCACACCCAGAAGCCAGGUGGGCGGUCCUAACCUCAGUCUGAAGCAGGAUUCGCCAAUUGUUGGAGCCAGGCAGAAGCAAUAGAUUCGUGGCAAGUCACAUCUGUACAUUCUGUGUACAUUGUCGGCAACUCGCUAAUAAUGGCUUCGGCUGGAAGGGCGCUGGCAGACCUUCUGCGGGAUGCGGCUAACCAGCUUGAAAACUUUUUGUACCCAAUGUGGCGCUAUGUUAUGUUUUGUGCAGCACCAAGGACCGCUAACGCGCCAGUUUCGUCUCCUCCUCCUCAUCCGUUACAUAACGGGACUCCCAGACACCCAGUGGACGCCGAAGUUUCAAGACUGUUUGGCCCCUACAUGGGAGGGAGGAGGACGGCAGGGCGGCAAACCCUUUCUGGUCCUGCACACCUGCAUUCUUAUACCCAUUUAUUCUGUUGCCUUGAGGACAAGAAUGCAGCCUUAGUCCCCAACCGAUACGCCAAAGAAAGACUCGCUGCUGCUGGCUUUGGUGAAAAACGGCUCACAUUUAAAGGCAGCCAUACAGAUUCAAAUGAAUUCCUCGAAUUCUUGAUGGAUGCCUAUCCAAAACUGCGGAACGGUGGCGGUUUCGAGUUGCUAAAAAUAUCUGGCACUACGAGAAGUCGCCACUUGAUUGUGAUCCCCUGUCCCAAUGAGGGUUACUAUGUCAGAUAUUUGAAGGACCCUCAGACCCAGAUUGGCCAUUCUACAGUUUUCAUUAGACCAAUGCAAAGAACCCUGAAUUUGGACCCUGCAUGUCGAUCAGAAGGCGACAACGUGUUAAUUGGACCAAAUCAGAAAUGUGUCAUCUGUGGAGAGGAGUUCCCCUUUUCCAGAAUGAAGGAUCACAGCAAUAACUGCAUGAGACCAUCACAGAGCAGCGGUGAGGUACAGAUUGAGUUGACAACUGAAAGGGCCUCCGGAAGUCAAGUUAGAUUUGAAAGCACGUUCACAGGAGCACAGGGAAAUGAGACAACAAGGGCAAGGAACACAAGACACUCGGUGCCACCUCAGGAAAUGUUGCCUUCUCCUGAGGUAGUUGACAUCGAUCCCACUGAGGAAAGUGGCUUCUCUGAUUGGAGAAUAGCGCCAGAUCCCACAGAGGCAGCAAAGAUGUUUAAAGAAGACAUUUUAAGCCAGCAUGCAACUGGAAAAUCCUUGUGUCUUACUAUGGAUCUUGGAGACAGUGCAGAGGAAAGGGAAAGAGCAGUCCUUACUUUUUAUAAGAAGGCAAAUGUUGAGUGGGCUUGCCCCUUGACAUGCACACUUAAGGGAGAUCCAGCCAUUGGUGAUGGUGUGACUCUGCAUUUCUUUGCAACCAUCAUAUCAAAACUUCAGGCUGGUUUUGAGAUGAAGUUUGUGCCUGGAGGAACUCUUCUUUUUGAAGGAGAACAAGAUCAUCUGAUUCCCUCCACUUCUCAUCUCCUUUUGGAGAGUGACUUCUUUGUUGUUGCUGGCCGAAUGAUUGGACAUUCAUUCCUCCAUGAUGGGCCAUGCCUAGGUGGACUGAGCCCAGCUGUCCUGCAUGUGCUCUUUGGUGGAUCCCCGGAAGAAGCCACAAUAGAUAUUAAGGACUGUGUUGACCUUGAUAUCCGUGAGACAAUCAAGUUGCUGGAGGGAACAGCAGAGUUAUCAUCAGAAGAAAAAAAGCUCAUCAAUGAGUUGGCACUGUCCUGGGAUUUGCCUCUAGUCACAUGUGACAACAGGAGAUGGCUAUUUGAUAAACUGAUCCUCCAUGCUGUCCUUGGAAGAACCUCCAGACAAGUCAAGCAGUUACGAAGGGGUUUAAAAGAGACACUGAUCUGGCCUCUGCUGACGGAGAGGAAAGACGCGAUUCCCCUUCUCUUUCCAAGAGCAUCUGAUUUGCAGUGCACACCACGGAUGGUGUUGGAGAAGAUAAACUGGCCCACACAGGAUGAGGAUGAAGACAGUGAAGUCUCUUUGGAGGAUUCCUGUAGGCUCACAGGAUUCCUGCGCACAUUUAUUGAGAUGGCAUCUCCCGUUAUCCUUGGGAAACUUGUGCAGUUCUGGAUAGGAUGGAAUGUGCUUCCUAGACAUGGCCUGAAUGUGACCGUGGUGGAGAGCAACUUCCCCAGCUCUUCCACAUGCUUUCACCAGCUGAAACUUCCAGGACAUUACAAAGAGUACUGUAUGUUUGAAAGGGACAUUCUUGCUGCUAUUUGGAGCACUGAAACUGGGUUCGGGAUGGUCUGAAGAGACGGACACACCUUAGUACUAGAUUUGUUGUCUUUUGUUUGGCCGGCCAAAAAUGUAUGUUAAAAAUAACUUACAAAUAUCACCUUUCACCUACCAUAAAUGGUAAGUAAAUUUAGAAUUGAAUUACAUUAAUUAGAAGCUAAGUAUUAACAUUUUUGCCGAUUUCAAUAGGAAAAUGUUCCUGAUUAAGUGGCAAGUGCACAAUAAUGCCUCUGGAAAAAAGCUGGAAAUUGGAUUUAGCAAAAAACAUUUUGCUUGAGCAAAGUUCAUCAAACUUGGGUGAGGUUUUUAUACUGUAAGCUUUGUUGAAACUGGAUCAGGAAAUAUAUCAGCUGAACAUACUAUGGAUGUAUAAAAAAAGACGGACUAAUGCCAUAUUUAUGCCACACUAACUGUUGUUGUUCAAUAUUAAUGUAAGGUUCUCUUGACUGGAAAAUACAUUCAAAAUCCAAGUUCCAACAGUAAUUUGCCCGGUCAUGCAACGUGCUGGGACUUCCACUAAAUAGAUGUUUGAAAAAUAUUGUUAUCCUUCUUGUCAAAUUAUACAGUUGGUGUCAUAAUUAUAGUGUUUGUAUUAUAGAAAUAUAACUUUUUUAUUUCUAUGGUUUUAUCUCACAGAGGAAGACGAACAAAAAUACAAUUAAUAAUAGCUAAAGACAUAUAGUUGACAUUGCAAUCUUUACCAAGGACUUAAUUUGAUAAAAGUUUGACUUGAAGUUUAAGGUACCUUUGAUUAUGGACAGUCCUGCCAGCAAUGUGUGAAUUCCUGUUCUCUCCUCGGUUUGCCACCAUGUAGCGUGCAACGUCAACAUUUUCUCCACCUUUAUCUGACCUCACACGUGAUGGCACACCGUAGACAUUGGCGGCUUCCAAAAAGCUUCUUAAAACUGUUGCUGCCCGAUUGUUGGUGGCAGCACUCAAGUACACGAUGAGACGACUAAAGCCGUCAAUACCACCAUGCACAACAAAACGCCACCUAAAGGGAUAUGUAUAGGCACACAUUAAGGUCAAUCCACUAAUGUAUGUACAGACAUUUACACAUUUUAAAAGGUGCCUUAUCCUACUAAAAGUUAUAAUUACAAAACAUAAAUCAUCUUAAUUUUGAUAGUAAAAGUAAUUUGCAUGCAGAGGAAUUUGGUGCAAUUAAUCAUUUGAUACAUUUCAUUUAUAUUUCUUCUUGCAGUGUUUUAACUUGUUUUUAUGUCUACAGAAUAUUGUAUGUUGCAUUGUUAGAGGAGACUGAGACUUCAGAUUUUCAUAACCAACCAAUAAAAAAAGCUAUCAUGCAUAUGACAAUAAAGCCUUUGAAUCUU